AUGGGUUAUGAGUGCCACAACUAUGGAUUCAUACUGAAUAUUCGGGGUAAACCAGGAGAGACGAAAUGUGUUUGUGCGAGCGGAUUUCAAGCUGUGGGCUCCUCUGUGGAUGAGCAGGGUCGGCUUAUAGAACUCUGUGAAGACAUUGACGAAUGCGCGUUGUAUCCAUGUCCUACAGUUGAAGAAUGCAAGAAUACGCCGGGAGGUUUUAUUUGUACUCGAGAUCCAACUAUUGCGGUGAGAAAAUCUGUGUAUUUUGGAAAUAACAUGUCCGAGCGGUUCGAAGAUUGUCGUAACAGGACCAUAUUCCUACAAGUGUGA